CUUGUGUUCACUUGUGUUCACUUGUGUUCGUGUGUGGAAAGGGACAGUUGGGGUGUGAUUUGCGUAGCAGAGCCCAUUUGACAGCUGAUAGGGGUGGAAAAUAAUCCCAAAGUAUUGCGGAUUUGUUCACUGAUUGUUGAUUAUUUUCGUGGCAAACUGAGUGGUUCCGAGAUCAGACAUCAUUCGAAGGAAAAUGUCAAAGAUAGAGGAGGGAAACGCGCACAUUCGCGCAGCUGAGAAGAGCUUGAAGACUACUUUGCUCAAGUGGAGACCGGAUUUUGAGGUCGCAGCUGAGGAGUACAACCAAGCAGCCACUUGCUUUCGGAUCGCAAAAUCCCUGAAGCAAUGCAAGGAUGCCCUGAUUAAAGCUGCAGACUGCUACAAGGAAAAUCGAUCAUGGUUCCACGCUGCAAAGAGCCUCGAACAAGUGGUGCUGAUCUCAAGAGACCUGGGGGAGCUCUCAGAGAUCCCAAAACUCGCGCAUUCUUCUUGCACGUGGUACCAGCAGCAUGGAUCACCAGAGUCUGGGGCUACUGUUCUGGAUAAAGCUGGCAAAAUGAUCGAGAACUCCGAUCCAGCUGCUGCGUUACCACUGUUUCAGAGAGCAGCUGAGAUCGUCAUGGGUGAAGACAGUCCAAGACAGGCAGCCGAGUACCUGAGUAGAGUAGCAAAAAUCCUAGUGAAACUAAAGAACUACGAUGAAGCUGCCAACGCAAUUCGAAGGGAAAUCAGUUGCCACCAGCGUAUCGAGCACAUACCAUCAGUGGGAAGACUAGCUGUGGUCUUGGUGCUCGUCCAACUGGCCAGAGGCGAUCAGGUCGCAGCUGAGAAGGCUUUCAGAGAGUGGGGAAACUACUGUGAUGCUCCAGAAAUUCAAACACUGGAGAUGCUGCUUCAGGCUUACGACAACGAGGAUGCCAAUGCAGCCAGGGCAGCCCUUAACAGUCCAUUCAUCAAGCACAUGGACGUGGAGUACGCGAAAUUAGCUAGGGGACUUCCCCUGCCUCAACAGGAGUACGCUGUGCCACCUGCUGGUGUCAGGGCCAAUGCUGCACCCCCAUACGUAUCACCAAAUCUUGACAAACCUUCUGCUAGUUGCGAGACUGUCGAGGCUGAGGUUAAUCACGACACUCCAUCAUUAGAGAAAGAUCUUGCCUCCACCCAUUUAUCAAGUGAAUCUCCUGAAGACCCCCAAAAGACCCCUGAGACACCCCCCGAAGUGAAAAAAGAGGAAGAGGAGGAGGACGAGUACGCAGGAGGCUUGUGCUGAUCCCUCUGCCCACUAUGCGAAUACCUCCCCAUUUGUUCAGUUUAUCGAAUCAUAAAAAAACAAAAAGAAAUUAUGGCGCAUUUUACCCUGCACACGAUUGUCAUUAUCACCUGCAGUUCAGCAAAUAAAGACGCUUAGACCUAUUUAUUCACACGCAUUUCAAGUAUUAAAUGUCGAUAGACGAUAAUUUAUUGAGACUCAUGUUAAAAAUAACGAGACUAUUUUCUUGCUGAGGAGUAUAAUUACGCUGUAGCUGAGUAUAUUAUUCGAACACUUGUUGAAUUAUUCAAAUAAAUUGUUCUCGUUUUUUUAUUACUAUUAUUCGGAUGAAUUUGUCAUUCAGCUUGUCUUCGAGAUUUUGUUGAUGUGUAUUUUGUGAUGAAGACCGGGGAGACGAUGAUUAUAUGUAGGUUAGAAUAAACGUCUAAACCUUGAA